GAGUCUGCCCUGACAUUUAAAACCAGCUGUCAAUACUUUCAGUACAUUUUUUGGGUGCUCUAGUCUAUAGACACAUUUCAGUCAGUACCAAAACAGUGUUGAGGCCUUUCAAAAACAACAUUUUCAUUGUGGUCAAAGCUAUUUGCUGUCCUGUUUACCACACACAAACUGAGGCAUUUAAGUGUGUAUUAAUGAUGUGGUGUAGUAGCAAUCUAACAAGACUACAUAUCACAUUUAUUAUACUGCAUACCCACCAUGACAAAAAAAAAUUAGUUGUAACCUUCUCAGUUCCCAGAUCACAGUUGGGUCACAGAGGAGAUGUUUCUAUUCCUCCCUGUAUGAAAAAACUGAACUUUCUGCUUCGUAACCGGCUGCUCCUGCCUCCCAGUUCGGCAACCACCGCUUUUCUUUAUCUCAUAUCAUUAUACAAUAACGACCCGAACUUAAGAAGAGCAGCAAGCAGCUGUUAACAUUUCUGUCACUAGCAAAUCUUUUUGUGUUUGUUCUUUAAAAAUGGCCUAAAUGAUCAGAACUGUCUGUGUGUUGACGUGGGCAAAUCGUUGCAUCAGUAGCAGGGAUUGUGCGCUUAUGCAAACACACUCGUGUGUGUUGCCUGCAGUGCUGCUGUGUGCACCUGCCUGCACCCCUCAAAGUGUUGGUCCUCAGUGAGCCUGAAGCUGCAUGAAAGACGUUCACAAUGGAGCUCCUGUUGGCAAGGGGGCUGUGUAUUUAAGGGAAGGGAAUGUGUGCAUGCAUGCGUGUGUGUGUGUGUGUGGCAGAGAUGAAGCCUGCAUGAGGAGGAGGCAUGUGUGUGUGUGUAUGUGUGUGUGUGGGAGAGAGAGAGAGUGAGAGAGAUGAACAGGAGAACACGCCCAACCCCUGCAGCCCUGUGGCUAUGGAAUUUCUACUGAGAGACAACUUGUCUCUGCCUGGCCAGCCAGCACCCAACAUUCAGUCCAACACACACACACACACACACACACAGGCUUUGAAAAUGCACAUUAAGGCUGGACUGGGUCUAAUUUUAUCCUGUCGGGGCAAGAAUACACUUGUCCCAUCAAAGGUCGCUGAGGAAUGAGGCGGCCUGCUAAGACCUGCCCCGAGAAGGCUGAAAAAGAGAGGAAGAGGUAGUUUAGGAAACGGUUAGAGCUAAAGAGACAGAUGAGCACUAGAGAAAGGGCUGCAUAUACUUGCCGGGAAUACAACAGUUUUCAUUGUUUUUACCUGGUCUUCUGUAAGACGCAGAAGAGGUGACAAACAGGUGUACGUGUGUGUAGAUGUGUGACAGCGGAGUGUGUGAGGACAAGCCCCCCGCCCCCCCUGUCAGGAUGAGCAGCCAAGGAGGAGGACCCAAGGACUCACAGUCAGCCAAUCACAGCUCUCGGCCACUGCCGUCUGUACCGGAGGAGAAGAAGGCCAGAAACAAGAUCAUCUCCAUAUUUGUCUCUGAGAAAGGAGGAAGGAAGAAGGACCGAGACAAGGACAGGCCUGAGAUCUCCUCCCCCUCUGACUUUGAACACACCAUCCAUGUGGGUUUUGAUGCUGUCACAGGAGAGUUCACUGGCAUGCCGGAGCAGUGGGCCCGUCUCCUUCAAACCUCCAACAUCAGUAAAUCAGAACAGAAACAAAAUCCUCAGGCAGUCCUCGACAUUCUCAAGUUCUACGACUCCACCAGUGGAAAACAGAAAUACCUCAGUUUUUCCGCCUCGGAUAAAGACUCGCAGUCGCCAGGCAAACAGGGUACAGCGACCUCCCCAUCAGGUGGCAAGGAUGGAGAUGACGAUGAUGAUGAUGAUACACCACCUCCAGUUGUGGCACCACGGCCAGAACACACAAAAUCAGUAUACACAAAGUCAGUGAUAGACCCGAUCCCAGCUCCAGAGGGAGACGCGGCCUUGAAAGCAGCUGACAGACUGAAGAAGAAGGGAAACAGGAUGACCGAUGAGGAGAUCAUGGAGAAACUCAGAACUAUUGUCAGUAUUGGAGAUCCUAAGAAGAAAUACACUCGCUAUGAGAAGAUUGGCCAGGGGGCAUCUGGCACAGUUUACACAGCCAUAGAUGUUUCAACAGGACAAGAGGUGGCCAUCAAACAGAUCAACCUGCAGAAGCAGCCAAAGAAAGAAUUAAUUAUCAAUGAGAUCCUGGUCAUGAAGGAGCUGAAGAACCCCAACAUUGUCAACUUUGUAGACAGUUUCCUUGUGGGCGACGAGCUUUUUGUGGUGAUGGAGUACCUGGCCGGUGGCUCCCUAACUGAUGUUGUGACGGAGACGUGCAUGGACGAGGCUCAGAUCGCCGCCGUCUGCAGAGAGGUCCUCCAGGCUCUGGAGUUUCUUCAUGCCAACCAGGUCAUCCACAGAGACAUCAAGAGUGACAACGUGUUGCUGGGGAUGGAUGGAUCAGUCAAACUCACUGACUUCGGCUUCUGUGCCCAGAUCACCCCAGAGCAGAGCAAACGCAGCACCAUGGUGGGAACUCCGUACUGGAUGGCUCCAGAGGUGGUGACCAGGAAAGCCUACGGACCCAAAGUGGACAUUUGGUCUCUGGGGAUCAUGGCCAUAGAGAUGGUGGAGGGAGAGCCUCCAUAUCUCAAUGAGAACCCUCUCAGGGCGUUGUAUUUAAUCGCCACCAAUGGGACCCCUGAGCUGCAGAGUCCAGAGAAGCUGUCCCCAGUCUUCAGAUCCUUCCUGUCCCGCUGUCUGGAGAUGGAUGUGGAGAAACGAGGUUCAGGCAGAGAACUGCUGCAGCAUCCAUUCCUGAAGCUGGCCAAGCCUCUGUCCAGUCUGACCCCACUCAUCCUGGCGGCCAAGGAGGCCAUGAGGAGCAACCGCUAAAUCCCAGUCCCUGAAGACUGAGUUCUUCAAGCCAAACCAGCUGUCAUCUUCUCCUGGUCUAUGCAUGAUGACCAUCAGCAACUUUUUAGUGUUUGUGUGUUUUUCGAAGGGUCACAAAACGCAUCUGCGCUCUUCUCAGUGUUUCUGUUCUGAUGCCUUGUUCUAAAGCUGCGCACAGCCAUAAUGUUUUUUUUUUAAAAUAUUUGCAGCAGCCAUGUUGAUAUUGAUGUUACUGUACGUUUUUUUUAUUUGUUAGUGAGCUGACUGGAUCUUUAUUAACUCUCCGGUCAUCAAAGCACGCUUUUAUAAAUUCAUAAUUGUAUUUUCUGUUGCAUUACUUGCAGCAGGUAGUGCAUUUGACUCAUAACCUCUCACAGAAAUACAAUUGGACAAAAAUGUCAAGCGGGUCUUAAAGCGUGAACAAACGCGCCCCCAGUUUUUACGUUUCUUUGAACUUGUUACUUUUCGCCUUACGGUGUUGUAUGAGUAAGAAAAAUCUUCAAAUAGUCUUCAUUUUGUGCGUCAGAUGAAAGAUUUGUGAAAUGAGGCAACUUGUUCAUUGAGAUUGUGAGAUUGAAGAUUUUUUUGCUGCGUGGAGAAACUGGAACCUUUGCAGCUGUUUUCUAGGGUUGCUUUUGCUCUGGUUGCACAUGUGCCUUCUGACAGUCCAGAUGGUUUUUAAACUGGCAUGGAAAACUAAAGUGUAUCGACACUGUGCUGUACUGUGGCCCCGCGUUAGUGCAAUCUUUGUGCAGCUGGAAAAGCCAUAGCAAUAUCCUUGUUUGACCCUGAAAAUGAACCUAUUCCAGUAAAAGGAAUGGGAUUUAAGUCUUUUUUACAUGCAACUUUGAAUUAUUUUAAAUUCAGUAGAUCAAAAUCUCCAGAUAUUUUUUUUCUUUCAAGUGUUUCAAUACUCUGGUGGCACCAAAACACACUAUCAUUAACGUGUGGCAGACUUCACACACCUCUGCUGUCAAACUCUUUGUGCAGGCUCUUCUGCAAACUAUGCAAGCCCUGAACUCUCUGAUGUUUACUGCAUCAGAAACUGCGUUGAAUCGUCAAGCUUACUGUUUCCAAAGCCACAUUUCUAUCACUGUGGUUCUUCUAGAUGUUCUGUUUAGCCGUGCCUUUUAACACUUCUCUGUCGGUGUGUUGGUGUGAGCACAAACACAAAUACUGUAUGAAACUGUCUGAAUGUGUUGAACUGGAGGAAGACUUUGCAUUUGUUUUUGUAUAUUAUGUACUGGUGAUGUCCUGUAUUUUUUAACGGCUUUUAAAAAGUAUGUAUAUCAUUGUUUUAUAUUUGUAACUAACACAACAGAAGACACAUUUGUUGUUUUUUUGUUUUUUGUUUUUUUUUUUUAAAACUUGUUUUUCUGAACCAGUUUAUCAUCAGUUCCCUGAGCUGUGCCUUUAUGGACUCCAACCUUAAAACGUAUCGAGACGCUUGAGUCAACCUGUAUGUGGAAAUGAUUUUUUUAACCUGCUCUGAGCAUCAAAUGAGAUCGACUUAUGCCUAGUAGUCCAGGAUGUUUAGACAAUCGAUGGAAAGCAUUUAAAAAUGUUUGUUACACGUGCCUUUAGCAGAUGUACGAUGCAGUAAAGCCCACUGGUAUCGACAGUUUGAUGCAGAUACUGUUAACAGGCAGGAAUACGGUGUCGUGUGGCUUUUGACCAGAAUACACAUUCCAGUUUUACUUGUGAUAUGAAUUAUUGCUCGUUUUAAAAUGAAUGUGUUGUUGUUCAUCAUGAAACCAGCAACGUUAAAUAAAAAUCCAUACAAUAUAUAAAUUAUUAUAAAAGGUGGACCUAAA